AUGGGGGCACACUCCCGUACGUACAGAGUCCUUUCCCCUUCACCACCACUGAAGAAUAGAGACAAUGAAGAAGAACAAGGAAAGGGUUUCAUAUAUAGAAGGCAUGCAAAGAGGUCAUUGCAUUCUCAUAAAACCAAAACAUUUUUGGCUGCUUUGAUUUUGAUGGCAAUCCAAGAUAAAAAAACUGCAGAAGCCUUAGCUCUCAAUGUUGCUCUCAUCUUUGGUGUAACUGGGAUUGUUGGUAAGGAGCUUGCAAGGACCUUAGCAACUAGAGUUGGAUGGAAGGUGUAUGGCAUAGCUCGUAAAGCUGAUGAACUCCAAAUUCCAAGUUCUAACUAUCAGUUCAUCUCAUGUGACCUCUUAGACCCUAUUCAAACUACAGAGAAGGUCUCUUUGCUUGAAGAUGUAACUCAUGUGUAUUGGAUCACUUGGGCAAGCCAAUACCCAUUGGACUCCCCUGAGUGUUGUGAACAGAACAAAGCAAUGAUGUCCAAUACUUUGAAUGCUAUUCUCCCUAAAGCCAAAGCAUUGAAACAUGUCUCUCUUCAAACUGGAGGUAAGCAUUAUCUCUCUCUUACUAGCCCUUUUAAUAGUAAACCAAUUCUUUACUAUGAAGAUAGCCCAAGAGUUGAUCAAGGUCACAACUUCUACUACAUACUUGAGGAUUUGCUCAUGGAGAAACUAGAAGGGAAGGUGGCUUGGUCAGUUCAUAGACCAGGAUUGCUUAUUGGGAUUUCUGAUAGAACUUAUUAUAACUUCAUAGGUGGGCUUUGUGUCUAUGCUUCAAUUUGUAAAUAUCUUAACAUUCCCUUCUUAUUUGGAGGUUCAAAAGAGUGUUGGGAAGAAGUUUAUAUUGAUGGUGCAGAUGCAAGACUUGUUGCUGAACAACAUAUUUGGGCAUCAACAAAUGAAAAUGUCUCAUCUACCAAAGGUCAAGCAUUUAAUGUCACAAAUGGUCCAAGCUUCACUUGGAAGGAAAUCUGGCCUGCAAUUGGAAACAAAUUUGGAGUGAAAUUGAUAAAAGAAGAAAUGUUUUCACCAGAUUUACGAUUUUUGGAAUUCAUGGCUGAUAAAGGAAGUAUAUGGGAAGAGAUUGUGAAGAAGGAAGGUCUGAGACAAACCAAGAUGGAAGAUUUAGCUAAUUGGCCUUUCAUGGAUAUCUUAUUCAGAUGUUCACACAAGAUGUUGUUGUCAUCAGACAAGGCUAAUAAGCUUGGUUUCACGAUGACUUAUCAAACCCUUGAAUCCAUAUUGUAUUGGAUUGAUUGCAUGAGAGAAGAGAGAUUUAUUCCUGCUCAGAGUCAGAGCUAG